GACGACGUAGACAGUCUAAACCCAGUUCUCAGGGAUAACCCGCAGUUACAUGAGGAAGUAAAAGCCUGGGUAAAGGAACAAAAGGUUCAGGAGAUUUUUAUGCAAGGUCCAUACUCCUUAAAUGGUUAUAGGGUGAGAGUGUACAGACAGGAUUCUGCCACCCAGUGGUUUACUGGGAUCAUUACUCAUCAUGAUCUCUUCACUCGCACUAUGGUUGUUAUGAAUGACCAGGUAUUAGAACCUCAGAAUGUUGAUCCUUCUAUGGUUCAGAUGACUUUUCUAGAUGACGUUGUUCACUCUUUGUUGAAAGGUGAAAAUAUUGGCAUCACUUCACGCCGGCGGUCUCGUUCCAACCAGAACAGCAACACAGUUCACGGUCAUUAUACACGUGCUCAAGCAAAUAGUCCCAGACCAGCAAUGAAUUCCCAAACUGCACCAAAACAGAAUUCUCACCAGCACCAGCAGCAGAGGAAUACUAGGCCCAGUAAGCGGAAAGGUUCUGAUAGCAGCAUGCCUGAUGAAGAGAAGGUGAAAGAGGAAAGAUUUGAUUAUAUAGGUCGAGGAGAAAACCCCAAACAAAAUAAACACUUCCUUAGUAAAAGAAGAAAACCUGAAGAGGAUGAAAAGAAAUUAAAUAUGAAGAGACUGCGGACAGACAAUAUCUCAGAUUACUCUGAGAGCAGUGACUCAGAAAUCUCCAAUAAAAGAUUAACAGAUUCCUCCUCAGAGCAAAACUCAGAGAAUGAGUUAAAAAGCAAGAAUACUUCAAAGAUAAAUGGAGAAGAAGGAAAAUCUCAAACUGUUGAGAGAGUAGAACAGCCACUAACAGAUAGGCGAUCUCCAUGGGAUGAAGUACAGGAGGAUAAAAAACGUGAGGAGCCAGAAAGGCUGAAGUCAUCGCUCUUAGAUCAGCAGGAAAAGCCUUUGCUCCAUGCAGCAGAGCAGCCAACACCUUAUGAGCAGAAUUCCAAGGAUCCACAUGUUCAAGAGUGCAAUGCAGAGAAACAUCAUGCUGCGGAAUUAAAAAAUGAGCAGUUUGUACCCAAACCUCCUACUCCGAAAAGCAUUGUUGAUAAAACUAGUAAAAACAACUCUGAAAAGGAGAGCCAGGAUAAUGCUGCAAGUACCUUUGGAUUGCAAACGGUUCCGAAAAUAGAAUCUCAUAGCAGUGAUUUAAAACAGCAGUUUGCAAAUGCAAAUUUCCUGGAAGCACGAAAGCAGGAAGCUGACCAAAGUUGGGUUAGCUGUGUUGUAAACAAAAUGGAUUUGAUACAACCUGGUGUUGUGAAAGCAUUACCAGUAAAUGAACAUUUAAAUCCUGAAAAAGAGAAAGUGCAGUAUGGCUCAUUUAUGUCUUCGUUAAAUGUAGCUUCUGUAGCAGAAGACAGUAAACUGCGUAAACAAAGUCCAGUCCCUGAUUCUGUGAAGUCAAAACCUAGUGCUUCAGUUGAUCAUCCUAAAACAAAGUCACCUGAUGUUAAGCCUAAAUUCACCCCAUCUUCUGAUACUGUGAAGUCUAAGGUUAGUUCCCAAAACAGCCAUGCUCCUGGAUUAACAAGGUCAGCCAAUAAAAGCGAUCAUGAUUUGCCUAGGUCUAGUUUUCAUCCAGUUCCAGCUAGAGUUAGCGCUCUAGAAGCUACUAAAAGUCCUCUUAUCAUUGACAAGAACGAACAUUUCACAGUGUACAGGGAUCCCACUCUGAUUGGACAAGAAACAGGAGCUAAUCACAUUUCACCUUUUUUGCAUCAGCAUAAUUAUCCUCUGCAUUCCUCAUCCCACCGAACCUGUUUAAAUCCAAAUGCUCAUCAUCCUGCAUUAACUGGUUCAUCCCAUCUGCUGCCUGGGUCUUCAACUCAGACCCCCUUGUCUGCUAUUAACACUCACCCCCUUAGUACCGCCCCUCACCAUUCCGUUCAUCACCCUCAUCUACUUCCUGCAGUGUUGCCCGGAGUGCCUGCUGCCUCCUUGCUGGGUGGCCACCCGCGACUAGAGACUGCUCAUGCUAGCAGCCUAAGCCAUUUGGCAUUGGCUCACCAGCAGCAGCAACAGAUGUUACAACACCAGUCUCCACAUCUUCUCGGACAAGCUCAUCCUUCUGCUUCCUAUAAUCAGCUAGGGCUUUAUCCAAUUAUUUGGCAGUAUCCAAAUGGAACACAUGCUUACUCAGGACUCGGCCUGCCCUCCUCGAAAUGGGUCCACCCAGAAACUCCUGUUAACGCAGAGGCUUCCUUGAGAAGGAAUACUCCCAGCCCGUGGUUACACCAGCCCACCCCUGUGACCUCAGCUGACAGCCUUGGAUUGCUGAGUCACAUUCCUGUGCGACCAUCCAGUGCAGAACCCCUUCGGCCUCUCAAACUGGCAGCACAUUCUAGCCCACCAUUGUCCAAAAGCAUAGUAGAGCAUCACAAAGAAGAACUGGAGAGGAAAGCAUUUAUUGAACCUUUACGUUCUGCUACGACUGCGCCGAUAAAGACAGAGCUGGAGCAAAGCAGAACACAGGCAGCAAAGGAGAGCCAUAUGCACAGACAUUUUGCAGAUCCAGUGUUGAACCAGCUGCCAAGGCCGCCACAGGAGACGGGGGAGCGACUGAGCAAAUACAAAGAAGAACACAGGCGAAUACUCCAAGAAAGUAUUGAAGUUGCUCCUUUUACAGCUAAAAUAAAGGCACUGGAGGGAGAGAGAGAAAACUAUUCCAGGGUAACAUCCUUAUCUUCAAGUCCCAAAAGCCAUUCAGUAAAGUAUGACAAAGAUGCAGAACGCUCUGUGUCAGAACUGUACAAAAUGAAGCAUUCGGUUCCACAGAGUUUGCCACAGAGUAACUAUUUCACCACCUUGUCUAAUAGUGUGGUGAAUGAACCACCAAGAUCUUAUCCGUCCAAGGAAGCUUCGAGUGCAUAUGUUGAUAAGCAAACUAGUUGUCCUUCAACAGCAGCCAGUCCCCAGUCUCUUCCUUCUUACGUUUCUUCUCUCUCAAAGCCUCCUCCUUUAAUUAAGCAUCAACCUGAGAGCGAAGGCUCUGCGAGCAAGGUACCUGAGCAGCUUUCACAGUCCGUGCAAUCUCACUCGGUUGGUUGUUUUAGAAGUGACAGCAGGAGCCCUACUCAGUUGUCAGUCUCAUCUUCAAAUACACUCCGAAGCAUGCCUGCCUUGCACAGAGCACCCGUGUUUCACCCCCCUGUGCACCAGAACCUGGAGAAGAAGGAAAGCAGCUACAGCAGCCUUUCGCCUCCCACUCUGACCCCCGUUCAACCUGUUAAUGCUGGUGGUGGUAAGAUACAGGAACUGCAGAAACCACCAACUUUAGUACCUGAACCUAAGGAAGCUCAGACUGUUUACAAGGGCUCUUCUGAACAGAAUUUAUCAGAAGCGUGGAAGUCUAGCAACGCUGCUGCUAAUGAAAAAGUGGACUGGCAUGUUGAGAGAGCGAGUGGAAAGUCACAGUCCGCCACGGCAUCUGUUAUUGUGCGUCCUGCUUCGAGCACGAAAUACGAGAGCAUAGCAGCGGUGCAAUCAGCUUCCAAAGAUCGAGUCAGUGAGAGAUCUUCAGCUGUGACAAAUCAAGCAGAUUGCCUGAAAACAGCGGAAGCCAGGGAGACUGGAAGAGUCAUUCUGCCAAAUAUGAACUCAGACAGUGCUCGCACACAGUAUGAAAAGAAAUUUCCAGCUGUCUCGCAAGGCACUGUUGCUCGUUCUGUCACCCCUACCACAGCUAUGAUCUGCAGUACCAAAAUGGACGUGACCGCAUCGGCGGCCACAACUACCAGCGUGUUGAGCUGGGGCAGCUCAGAAGUGACUUAUUCCUUGUCAAGCACAGCCCCGGCCUGCACGCCACUGGAGAGUGCCGGCUCGAGAGCCGCAGGUCAGGCGGCAGCACCGGCCCAAGAGCGCAAGGGCAGCACUCCAGCGCCAGCUGCACCCGUCCCUGGCAAGGCAGGCAGCGCUGCGCAGCCCGGCCCGGGGUUCUCCACCUCUGCCGACUUCGUCCAUUUGAAAAAGCACAAGGCGGCGUUGGCCGCAGCUCAGUUUAAAAGUAGUAACCCCAGCGAGACCGAAUCCAACUCUGUGAAAAAUCAGACAUUUUCAACCUCUCUCUCCCUAGACAGUGCUAUCGUCUGUAAUACAAUAAACAAAGCAAACUCUGUAGGCAGUGGGCAAACUUCCCAGGCGAGUCAGCCAAACUACCACACUAAACUGAAAAAGGCUUGGCUGACAAGACAUUCAGAGGAGGAUAAAAACACUAAUAAAAAAGAGAAUUCAGGGAACAGCGUUUCAGAAAUUAUUAAGCCAUGUACCGUCAAUUUAAUAGCUUCUACAUCAAAUGACUUGCAAAAUAACAUUGAUAGUAAAAUCUUGGCAGAUAAGCUUGUGAAGGAAGAUAAGCACCCUAGGAGAAAAGCAAAACGAACUUACGAGUCUGGCUCUGAAAGCGGAGACUCUGAUGAAAGUGAGAGCAAGUCAGAGCAGAGGACUAAGCGGCAGCCCAAGCCAACUUACAAAAAGAAACAAAAUGAUUUGCAGAGGAAAAAGGGUGAUGUGGAGGAAGAAGUAAAACCAAAUGGUGUUCUUAGCAGGAGUGCCAAAGAAAAAAGCAAGCUGAAGUUGCAGAGUGGCAGUAACAGCAGUGAGUAUAUUAAUCUGCUCUGGAAAAGACAAACUCGUGUAAACUGCGGCAGUGUUAAUCCUGGAGGGUCCGUGCGUGCUGGAAUACCUCGCUCGGUGUUAAAGGACUGGCGCAAAGUAAAGAAGCUGAAGCAAACAGGAGAGUCCUUCUUGCAGGACGAUUCUUGCUCUGAAAUUGGACCAAAUUUGCAAAAAUGCAGAGAAUGUAGGUUAAUAAGAAGCAAGAAGGGUGAAGAACCAACUCACUCGCCGGUGUUCUGUAGAUUUUACUACUUUCGACGGUUGUCUUUUAGUAAAAAUGGAGUGGUUAGGAUAGAUGGUUUCUCCUCUCCUGAUCAGUAUGAUGAUGAGGCACUGAGUUUAUGGACACAUGAAAACUAUGAAGAUGAUGAACUGGACCUGGAAACUUGUAAAUAUAUUUUAGAUAUCAUAGGGGACAAGUUUUGUCAGUUGGUAACAUCCGAGAAAACAGCCAUGUCCUGGGUGAAAAAAGACGCCAAAAUUGCAUGGAAGAGAGCAGUGAGAGGAGUCCGUGAGAUGUGUGAUGCAUGUGAAGCCACAUUAUUUAACAUUCACUGGGUCUGCCAAAAAUGUGGAUUUGUGGUCUGCUUAGAUUGUUACAAGGCGAAGGAAAGAAAAAGUUCUAGAGAUAAGGAACUGUACGCCUGGAUGAAGUGUGUGAAGGGCCAGCCUCACGAUCACAAGCACCUGAUGCCAACACAGAUUAUCCCAGGCUCUGUUUUGACAGAUCUUCUGGAUGCUAUGCACAAUAUUAGAGACAAAUUUGAAAUAAAAUCCCACUGUCAGUGUACUAGCAAGCAAAACAUGCAAGCUGGCAAGCUCCCAGCAAUGAACGGUGUGUCUCAGGUUUUGCAGAAUGUCCUUAAUCACAGUAAUAAAAUUUCUCUGUGCAUGCCUGAGUCUCAGCAGCAGAAUACUCCUCCGAAGUCUGAGACAAACGGCAAUGCAAGUCCGAGGAGCGACGUCAGCACAGACAGCAAGCUAACGCCGCCCGAGUCCCAGUCACCGCUGCAUUGGUUAGCUGAUCUUGCAGAGCAGAAAGCCAGAGAAGAGAAGAAAGAAAACAAAGAGUGUCCUUCUGGAAAACAUUCAAAGGAGGAGAAAGACCAGGACAGUUUGGAGUCCCAAAACUGUAAAAGCUCCCCUACUGCAUCCCAGAACAAUGAGCAGGGCUCAACCUUACGAGACCUGUUAACAACAACAGCAGGCAAACUGCGUCUGGGUUCUACAGAUGCUGGUAUUGCUUUUGCUCCGGUUUACUCUACGGGAACAGCAAGCAGCAAGAGUGGAAGGACUAUGCCAAACAUUCUUGAUGAUAUCAUUGCUUCAGUGGUAGAAAACAAGAUUCCACCAAAUAGAGCACCAAAGAUGAAUGUAAAAUCUGAAGUAAAAGAUGAGCCAAAGGAAGACAGAAAAUGUAUUCAGGAUGAUGGCAAUAAGUUGUACAGUGAUAUUCAGUAUUCUUGGAUCUGUGAUAAACAUGUUUUGUGGCUCAGAGACCAUAAAAACAACAACAACUGGAAGCUCUUCAAAGAGUGCUGGAAACAAGGGAGGCCUGUUCUAGUGUCUGGUAUGCAUAAGAAAAUGAACUUCAGCCUGUGGAAAGCUGAGUCCAUUAGUCUAGAUUUUGGAAACCAGCAAGCUGAUAUCUUGAAUUGUAAAGACAGUAUUAUUUCAAACACCAACGUCAAAGAGUUCUGGGAUGGUUUUGAAGAUGUUUCAAAACGGCAGAAAGUAAAAAAUGGAGAAACGGCUCUACUGAAAUUGAAGGAUUGGCCUUCUGGUGAAGACUUCAAGGCUAUGAUGCCAGCAAGAUAUGAGGACUUAUUGAAAAGCUUACCCCUGCCUGAAUAUUGUAGUCCAGAAGGGAAAUUAAAUUUGGCUUCUCAUCUGCCAGGAUUUUUUGUCCGUCCAGAUUUGGGACCCAGACUAUGCAGUGCAUAUGGUGUGGCUGCUACUAAAGAUCAUGAUAUAGGAACUACAAAUCUCCAUAUAGAAGUUUCGGAUGUAGUGAACAUCCUUGUUUAUGUUGGCAUAGCAAAAGGAAAUGGAGUGCUUUCCAAGUCAGGAGUACUGAAGAAAUUUGAAGAAGAAGAUUUGGAUGACCUCUUAAGGAAGCGCUUGAAAGAUUCAAGUGAAUUACCUGGUGCUUUAUGGCAUAUUUAUGCUGGCAAAGAUGCUGACAAGAUCCGAGAAUUUCUGCAAAAGAUAGCAAAAGAGCAAGGCUUAGAAGUUUUACCAGAGCACGAUCCAAUACGUGAUCAGAGUUGGUAUGUGAACAAAAAACUUCGCCAAAGACUUCUUGAGGAAUACGGUGUAAAAACCUGUACGGUUAUUCAGUUUCUUGGUGAUGCUAUUAUUCUACCAGCAGGAGCACUUCAUCAGGUGCAAAAUUUUCACAGCUGCGUUCAAGUAACCGAAGACUUUGUGUCUCCAGAACAUCUUGUACAGUCGUUUCACCUAACACAGGAGCUGAGGCUGUCAAAGGAAGAAAUCAAUUAUGAUGAUAAACUGCAGGUUAAAAAUAUCUUGUAUCAUGCAGUUAAAGAAAUGGUGAGAGCUUUGAAGAUUCAUGAAAGUGAAAUGGAAGAUAUGGAAGAAAACUAAGCUCUCACUGCUUUUUUGUGUUAAUGGCAAAAAAAAGGGGGUUAUUUUUUCUAAUAGACGAACAGUAUGCACACUAAUUAAAGCUUCACAAACCAUCAGUGCCAAGAAAAUAUAGUCAUCGUAUUGGUAACGACACUGCAACGGUAGAGCUUCAUAUCACAGCCACUGUGACUCUGUGUUAGACUUGCAAACAACAAAGCAGCGUUCUGCUGUCCUGUAUUAUAAUGUACAUGAAGUUUGUUAAAUGUUAAAGAUUUAAGAUGAUGUAUUUAUUUUUGGAAAAAAAAAAACAAACACAAAAUUCUAUGCUAUAUUGUUGAUCAAAUGUAAAUGUGACUUGUACAGUUUGCUAAAAUAAUUCCGAUAUUUUUCACUACAUUGAGACAGUUACUGUGAGAGUAGGACACAAACACCAGCUAUUGCCUGCAUUUGGGAUCUUGCUGAGUCCGCACAGCAGUCAUGUCAUAAUCUGAAAAUUACUGCCAAAUAAUUGUAAACUUUGUAAAAUAUAAAGUAUAUAAAGUAGAUAUUAAAUACAGACACUUCAGUAUUUUAUUGAAGCUAUUCAGUGUACAAUUAAACGUUUUCAAAAGGUGUAAUUUAUUUAAAAAUUGUCUCAUUUUGGUAAAAUUUAUGUGAACUUUUAAAGCUAAAUAUUAAACUUAAUAUGCUAUGUAAAUAUAUACAUAUAUACAUUCAAUGAUGUAUUUUUUUAAAACAUUGGCUUGCUUUAAUUUGUUAAAAGUGCAAGUGUUACACAUGCUUUGUACAUUGAAGUUGAAAGGGGUUUUACAUUUUCCAUUAAAAGGACUUUAUCAGA